AUGCAAAGUUCUUUCCCCUCUUCAAAUUCGCAAAAUUUAGUCGAAGCUUCCUCUAUUAACAUGGACAUACUUACUCAAUUACAAGACUCUAUAGAUAGCAUUUCUCGCAUGUUUUUUGUAGUAGUUCAUCAUCUAAACACGCAGGAUCCAAGCAAAUCCAAAGAUGCACAACAAGAACAUGUUCAAGAUAUCUGUAAAAAAGCGAAACAAAUAGAAUUAUUAAUUGAUGCUUUACCUGGUAUAAAUCAUUCAGAAGCAGAACAAAUUGAAAUACUUAAAUCGCUAGAUCAAGAAUUAAAAGCGGCUAAUGAAGAAUAUAUAAAAGCAGUUCAAGAUGCUGGUAUGAUACAAAAAUCAUUAAUUAAAACAUUUUAUAAUAAUAAUCUAAAUAAUCAAUCAAUUUCUUUUAAAAAUUAUUAA